UGAGUGUUAGGGUUAUAUUUUGUCAAAAAUUAUUCAAUAAUUAUCUACAUUGCACAACAUUUUUAAAUUCAGUAAUUACGUGACGUAACGCGGACCGUAAUAAAUUUUAUAUAAACGUAUAGUUGAAUAAGUAUGUAAUAAUGACUACAAAAACUGAUAAUUUAGUAAAACCUAAAACUGUUCGAAUUUUUGAAUCGGAUAAUUUUGAGAAAUUGCUCAAUGGAUUGCAAGUUGCGGCAUGCAUGCUGACUGAAUCACAUCAAGUUGUGGAUGAGGCGAGUGUGCUCAAGCGUCUCAGAGCCUUAACCAUCAAUGGACCAUCCGAUGGUAACAGCUGUUCCUGCUGUGGAGUUGGUCCUUUUGAAUCUCGCAUACAGCAGACUGCGCAUUAUAAGCAACAUUGGCAUACACAUAACUUAAAGAGAAAAUUGUUUGGAAAAGCACCAUUGAGCUUAGGACAAUUUAAUUCAAAACAAGAUGACUCAAGUGUAUCUGGCAGUGAUUCCGAAACUGAGUGGAGUGGGUCCAAUCCCGCAAGUGAUCUCUUUGCAGCGGCUACAAGACACUGCAAAGCUUUCUUUACCAAUCAAAAGAAACAAGUUUUUUGUAUAUACAGAUGCAUACUGCAUCAUAAGAAGGAGGAGCUUUCAACUGAUGGUGAAGGAGUUGCUUGGGUAGAACGAUGUCAACGAUUUACUAUACCUGGUUACCAACGAUGGGCUAUUCUAAUGGUAUCCGGUGGACAUUUUGCGGGUGCAAUAUUUUCCGGUGGUAUUGCUGUUCUCCACAAAACUAUGCAUUCUUACGUGACUCGUAGAGGCCAGGGUCAGGCACAGAUAUCAAGGGACCAGCAUAGCAAUGCACCUCGGUCUGCUGGUGCUAGUCUGAGGCGAUACAACCAAGCACAAUUUUUAGAGCAUGUUCAAGAAAUUAUAUCUGGAUGGACAGAAGAUUUGAAAGGGUGUUCUCUUAUUCUAUACCGAGCUGUUGGACCUACAAAUCAAGCUGCUCUCUUUGGGAAGAAUUCUCCUUUGAAUAGAGAUGAUUUAAGAGUAAGGGUCCUGCCAUUCCCUACACGGAAACCCACUUAUAAGGAAGUGAAGAGGGUACACGAAACAGUUGCGAGUAUUGAGGUUUAUGAUACAAUGGAGUUAUUCCAAAAAGCACUAAUUGCGUCUACAAGUAAGACAACCACAAAAUCCAGCUCGGACACAACUGUUGACCGCAGUAAGAAGACUCCAAGCAAACCAAUUGACAGAGCUAAGUCUAGAGAACGCACGCCACGCGAGCUGCCAACACAAUUACUAUCGAGCGAAGAUGAAGGUCCAUGUUUCAUAGAUCAAGAAACUCCUGUAGGCUGGAUAAAAACUCUUUCAGAGCAAUGUACCAAUGGCGUCAUUAGCAAUUCGAGAAAAGAUCUUCUACACAAUUCGGGACAAAGUAAUUCGUCUGAUAGCGAAGAGGAGAAUGUAGGUGGAGCAGCAAAGGUGAAAGAUCUCGUAAGGAAGAAGAAGAAAAAGAAACCGGAUGAUAGCAAGCCGCUUAAAAACGUCUCGUCCAAAGUAUCUGCGAAUGUUAGAAAGAUGUGGCAAAUGAUAUCAGAUAAAGAACUCAACUCAUUAGAGACUAUCCUAGAAUGUUUCGAAGAGAAUGAAUUGGAAGCCGCUUGUAACAUACAAGAUCCUGCAGACGGAAACACCGCGCUGCAUAAAGCCGCCAUUGCUGCUAAGCCGGAUAUGGUUACUAAGUUACUGGAAGCGGGCAGCGACCCGUGCGUGCGCAACGCGCAGCUGCAGACGCCGUACGCCGCCACCACGCACGCACACACGCGCGUCGCCUUCCGGCUGUUCCAGGCCACCUUCCCGGACAAGUACAACUAUAACAAGUCACAAAUACCAGGUCCCGUGACACCCGAACAGUUGGAGCAAGAAAGAGAGAAGAAAGCUCAACAGAAGAGAGCGAAACGUCAGCGAGAGAAGGAGAAGCAGGCCGAGAAAAGCAAGAUGAAUAAAUUUUUGCAGAUGAAUGACUCUGAAAAGAUGAAAGCCGAAGUCAUGAAAUGUUUCCUGUGCGCCGCGAAUUUACCAAAGGCUCCAUUUGAAUACAAUAAUUAUAAAUUUUGUUCGAUAAAAUGUCUACAAAAUCAUCGAAAUCUCCGGCCAUUACAUAAGAGUGCGUGAAAUACUAAAUCAAGUCUUUGUUCGUCGGAUCAUCAGAGCUCGGUUGCAUUAAAUUCAGGGAUAGAUUAAAACUUGAAACAGUUGUAUGACUCAUUGUUAAGCAAAAAAUAGUUAAAAUAAUUCCAUUUUUAAAUUUAAGUCUGUGAACCCUUUUCUAGCAGCCUGAAAAUUUCCCACUGCUGGGCUAAGGCCUCCUCUCCCUUUGAGGAGAAGGUUUGAAGCAUAUUCCACCACGCUGCUCCAAUGCGGGUCGGUGGAAUACACAUGUGGCAGAAUUUUGUUGAAAUUAGACACAUGCAGGUUUCCUCACGAUGUUUUCCUUCACCGCCGAGCACGAAAUGAAUUAUAAACGCAAAU